AGAGAAUCAGUGAUCAGAGUCUGGCCAAUAGAAUCAUCUCACACCUGAAGUCAUCAAGGAGCCUCUACAUCAUGUGCCACAUCCCAGUGUUCUGCUGGAUCUCAGCCGCUGUUCUAGAGAAGAUGUUGAGUCAAGCAGAGAGUGGAGAGAUUCCCAAGACUCUCACUCAAAUGUACACACUUCCUGAUGGCACAGAUUCACAUCAAAGACACAAAGUACAAUGAGAAGAAGGACAUGGACAAAGAGAUAAUUUUCAAAUUAGGGAAACUGGCAUAUGAGCAGCUGGAAAGAGGCAACCUGAUCUUCUAUGAGGAAGACCUGAGAGAGUGUGGCAUUGAUGUGACAGAAGCAUCAGUGUACUCAGGAUUGUGCACUCAGAUCUUCAGAGAAGAGUUUGGAUUUUGUCAGGGGAAAGUCUUCUGCUUUGUUCAUCUGAGUGUUCAAGAACAUCUAGCAGCUCUAUAUGUGCACCUCUUAUUUAUAAACAACAACAUAAAUGUGUUUCACCAAAUCACCAAAGAGCGUUUGUGGUCUAAAGUUAAGGACUGGUUUCAUCACAGUUCAUCAGAACAUGUUUCAUUAUCUGAGCUGCAUCAGAGAGCUGUGGAUGAAGCACUACAGAGUAAAAAUGGACAUCUGGACCUUUUCCUGCGGUUUCUUCGGGGUCUGUCAGUGGAGUCUCAUCAGAUUCUACUACAAGGACUAAUGAAACAGACAAGAAGCAGAUCUGACAGAAAUCAGAAAACAGUUAAGUACAUCAACAAGAAGAUCAGGACCAUUGAUUCACCAGAGAAAUCCAUCAAUCUGUUCCACUGUCUGAAUGAACUGGGUGACCGUUCACUAGUGGAGGAAAUACAACAGUAUCUGAGAUCUGGAACAAUAAAGGGAGCCAAAUUCUCUUCAUCUCAGUGGUCAGCUGUAGCUUUUGUGUUGUUGACAUCAGAGAAGCAGCUGGAUGAGUUUGAUAUUAAUAAAUUUGUUGAAGGAAACAAUGUGAAAGUUCUUCAGAAACUGCUGCCUGUAAUUAAAGAAUCCAGAUCAGUUAAGUUGAGAUCUUGUGGAAUCACAGAUGAAGGUUGUGCUGCUCUGGCUUCAGCUCUGAGAUCAAACCCCUCACACUUGAGAGAACUGGAUCUGUCUGGGAAUAAACUACGAGAUUUGGGCAUGAAGCUUCUCUGUGCUGCACUUGAAGAUUCUCACUGUAACUGGAGAAACUGUGGCACCAAUUACAACAAGAAUGGUAACACAACAGCACUGAAGAGAAACCCCAAUUGA